AAACGUAAAUACGGGAAGAUGAUUUCCAGCGAUUACAUUCUGGAAUUGUGCAAUGUUUUUCAUUCUGGACAGGUUGAACCUGGUUCAUGCAUGCAACGUCUCCUAGGAAGCAUCAAAACUGGUGUGAUCUUAAAAGAUGUCUCGCUCACAGUUCACUCGGGAGAAGUUUUAGCUGUUUUAGGCUCUAAAGGAAGUGGCAAAAAGGCUUUACUCGAUGUGAUAUCGCGCCGAGUCCAGGGACCCACCAGAGGUCAAAUCCUUCUAAACAAUCAACCCAUGAGUCUCUCACUGUUCCAACAAAGAUGCGGCUACGUCACACACAAAUGCGACCUAAUACCAGGUCUCACCGUCGAACAAACUUUAUAUUUCACUCCAACAAAAUUAUCCGGAUAUUUGAAGAAGUCCAAAGUGAAGCAGGUGAUGGCCGAUUUAGCUCUAUCGCAGGUGGCCAACAGAUGUACGGAAAACUUAACGAAGAGCGAAUACAGACGUCUGAUGAUUGGCGUGCAGUUAAUCAAAGACCCAGUUAUUUUACUUUUGGAUGAGCCCACCUGGGAUUUGGAUCCUUUGAACACUUAUCUAGUAAUCUCUAUCCUCUCCAACGCCGCAAAGAAAUACGGAACUGCAAUUGUAUUAACAAUGGAAAAACCGAGAUCCGAUGUGUUUCCUUUCCUCGAGAGAGUUCUUUAUUUGUGCUUAGGCGAUGUAGUCUAUACGGGAGGAACCAGACAGAUGUUGGAGUAUUUCACGGCGAUCGGUUUUCCUUGCCCUCAGCUGGAAAAUCCUUUGAUGUAUUAUUUAUGUUUAUCUACGGUGGAUCGGAGAUCGCGCGAGAGAUUCGUGGAAAGCAACAAUCAAAUCUCGGCGCUCGUGGAAAAGUUCAAAAUCGAAGGACCUUCGUACCGUCAAAACUCCAUUUCCGGUCAUCACAACAUGGAUCAUGGAACACUCUUGAGUCAUGGAAACAAAGUGCCUUUGUUGCAAGGAAAACCAUCUUCUUUCCACGUUGGUUGGCUUCUAUACUUGAGACUUCUCGCAGCAACUUUCAAGUUCAAGAAGGUUGGUUUCAAGCAGCUGUUCCUCCGUCUGUUCGUGGUUCCGUUAUUCUACUUUUUCCUGUGGAUUUUCUAUAGAGAGAUGAAGAAUUACCAGCAUACUUUCGUGUCUAAAAGCGGAUUGAUACUCAACAGCUUGGCCGGCGUUUAUUUCCUAGGAAUCCUCAACACAAUCAUCAUUUAUCCAUCGUAUCGAACGAGGUAUUAUCAAGAAGCUCAAGAAGGCACUUACGGAGGCGCUCUCUUCCUAAUCACCUACAACUUGGUUUCUCUUCCGUUCUCAUUUUGCUCAGUAGCUGGAGCCAGCGCUAUUAUUUAUCCUUUAAUUGGCACCUUUGAAGACCCAAUCCAGUAUUUAUACUUCUCGUUAAUUCUGUGGGCGUGCUACAUAUUCAGCGAGCAACAAACGAUGGCCAUCCUCAUGAUCGUAAAGGACUUCCUGAAAGCAGCGAUUUUCAGCAUUUACAUCACCUGCAUUUGCAUAACUCUGAGCAGCGGUAUCCUCAGAUCUAUCAAAGGACUUCAGGAUUGGCUGUUUUACUUAACUUACGCGACACAGGCACGUUACGCAGCUGUGUUUCUGAGCCGUCAGGUGUUCUUGAGUCCCAGCAUGCUGGAAACUCUUUCAUACGACCUGAAAACCAACUGCACGAACAUGAACUCUUUGGAGAUGGCCAACUUCAACACGAAUCCGUACUGCUUAUACAAGAACGGCCAGUCCUUCCUCGCCGAUCGCUACACUAGAGACAACAACGAUCUGAUCUUCAGCGGAAUUCUGGACUUUGACAUGAAUCUAGGCAUGACUUUUGCGUUCGCUUUAGGUAUGAUCAUCUUCAAUCUCUUCCUGUACCUGAUCCCGCUUCCCACCUUCGUCAAAGACAAGUUCAGAGAAUAAGUGCAAUAAUACUGUGCAAUUUUUUUUAUUUAUCUGUCACCAAAAUAUUAUUUACAAUUGUUUUUUUUUAUAUAUA